UUCCGUGUGUUUGUGUAUGGGUGUGACUGUGUGUGUAUGUGCAGUGCGCGUGCGUUUGUAUCCUCAUAAUAACAAUAAUAAUAAUAAUAAUAUUAUGUGCAAAUGUGCAAUUGCCAAUUGUCAUUAACUACUGAAUAACAACAUUAAUCAUUAUGCAGUAUUGCAGCCAGCACUGAGCAUCACAGGCUCUUAACGGUCGUGUUACCAGUUAGUACUAUUUUAGUUGUUUUAGUUUCGAGUUUACGUCUGUUUGCCUGGCGGUGGUGUCUGUGGUGUUUCAUAAAUGUUCGUAAUAAUAAUACAUUAAAGUACGACAGCAGUUGUAGUGCCGAAAAACGAUAAAAUUAUUCGGUAGUCGGAGGACAACUAUGGUCCCACUACACGAUUGAUCUUGUGCAGUUCGUAAUUUCUACCUGUCGCACUUUUGGUUCUAAGCCUCUUCCUCCUCUCAGGAAUACCGAAGCUUAAACAAUAUUAUGCCGUCGUUGACACACGGGUUGCUGGUCGUGUUGUGCUUAGGCCGAACCAUGGCAUACAUCGAAAAAAUCUUGGAAAACGAUAGUGUCUGCUCGAUGAGUUUCUUUUCAAAUAAUUUAAACCUGUCUGGUCGUGAAGAUCAAUCAGCUAUGGUGAUCAAAGAUAACCAAUACUUUCAGAAGUGGAGCGGCAAGCACGAAUUUAACUGUAAAUUUACAGUCACUUCCUCACUUGGAUUGGGUGUUUUUGCUGUCAUACAGCAUUUGUCUUUUAGACGUAAUGCUCAAGGACAAUGUAUUGACUAUGUUCAAUUUCGCCAUGCUGAUAAAACCAUAAGUGUUCUAGACAUAAAUUUUAAAUUUAAGCCGACGUCAGAAUCCUGGAGUGAGAAAAUUUGUGGAAAAAUAAAUGCAUUUGAAACUAAUGUUGAUAAUGAAUCUUACCAAGGCAGUGAUGGUAAUGAUGAUAAAGAAAUAAAAAAUUCAUUCACUGAUCAUAGGGGUAUGAUUGAAGUUAAAAUAUUUCUUGGCAAUAGAACUAUAGAAUCCAAUGAUGAAUUAAAGUUUGAGAUUAUAUUUACAGCAUUUCAAGAAUGCAAAUAUGACAAUGGUCAUUGGAAAAGUUGUGGCAGAAAAACAUGUAUUUUUAAAGACUUCUUUAAUGAUGGAAAAGUUAACUGUCCAUACAAAAGCUGUAAAGAUGAGAGUGGUUGCCGCCCAGUAAUCUCAGUACUAAAUAGUAACUAUAUGAGCACAUCAACUUUAGCGACCAAAGUUGUAGCUGCAACAGUUGCCUGCCUAGUUACCAUGAUUUUAGUAUUUAUUGCGUUCCUAUGGAUAUUCAGACACUGUGGAACUGCAUUUUGUUGUAUGGGAAACCCUAAUAGCCAUCCACAUUCUUCUGAAAUGCAGCCUGUACCACGUUUGGAUACAAUGGCUAUUGUAGCUACAGCUCCACCAGAUUUUAUGGCGCCAAGCGGUACUGAAGUGAGAACAGCUGACAAAGAUCUACCACCUUCAUACGAGUCAUUGUUUCCAAGUAAAUAGUAACUGAUCAAUAUUAUAUGGAGUUAUAUAAUUUCUUCAUCAAUCUCAUGUAGUUUUUAAGGUGGAUUUUAUACUUUUAUUUAAUAUUUCUAUCUGAACAAAUGUAUCAUUAUUAUUAUUUUUAUUAAUUUUAUUUGGAGAGAAAUAAUCAAGACAUUUUAAACUAAGUUCACCAACCAUGUUCGAUUGUACCAGUGAUUUUAUAAUUUUCAAGACAAAAUUGUUUUUCUCUUAAUUUGACUAUUCAACAAAUUAAAAAAAAAAAAUCAUUUAGAAAAUAUUAAAAUUAUGACUUAUUUAGAUCAUUUUUUUUACGGUUUAUUGGGAUACAGUGUUUUAUUACUUUUUCAAAAUUUCGAUGAAGAAAAACAUUGUAACCCACACUUGAUUUGAUCAGAUAAUAGUAAAAACUAUCAUCUAUAUUAUAUUAGUAUUUUUUUUGUUACACAAUUUUAUUAUAAUAUAUAUAGUAUAUUUUUUUUAUUUACGGUUUUGUAUUGAAAAUAAAUAACUAUUUAUCAAUUAAAGUUUCACCCACAAUAAGUAUACUCAUUUUAACUAAAAGAAAACUAAAUAUUGUAGACACUCAAGACUGAAUAUCGCAUAAAUUUCAAAUUUAUCAUUACAUAUUAUAUUUUUAUGCACCUAUUUUGGAUAUCAUGUAAUAACUUAACUAACUUACCGAAUUAAAAAAUGAAUAAAUAAUGCUUUAUUAUUAUCCAUGUUUUACUAUAAAACUUAAAACCAUAAUUACAAUUUUCCAUUGUUUAAUAAGUACUUUUUUCAAAUAUAUUUCAUCAUCACGACAUAUUUUCUUUUUAAUUUUAUAAGUCGAUUUAUAUAAUAUUCAGAUUUGUAUGUUGUACUAAGAUAUACUGUGUAAAUGUAUUUAUUUUAUCAACUAAAACAGCAUUUAAAAUAGUUUUAGUUUUUAAACUUUACACACAGCACGAUAUAUUUUUAAAUACCUUUUAUAGCUUACAUAAUUAACUGAGCAUCUAACAGUCAAAUUGAUUUUGAUUCUGAAUUGUUGCUGUUAAACCAUAGUGCAACAUUUAUUAACACUAAUAUUCAAUGUUCAAUGAACAAAAAUAUCUCAUAUUACAUUUUUCCAGUGAUGUCAGUCUUUUAGAAUAUGGUCCAUGGGUGUGGACUACCAGCUUUCUAAAUAAUUUUUCUGUUAUACAUUUAUUGUAUUUUUGCCUUUUAAAAAAAUUAUUUUAAUCGAAUUUUGUGAGGUUUUACCUUAUAUUGUAAUAUAAAGUAUAAUAUAAACUAUAAGUAUACUAUGUGAUUUACAUUUUACUUAACACUAAUAGUAAGUGCAAUACCACAUCACUCUACUAUAAAUGUGUAUCAUUACUUUGAAUGUUUAAACGAUAAGUCAAAUAUGCAUAAUGUCUAAUAUUGUGAAACAUCAUUAUUAUUACAUUAUUUAUUAUAUAUUAUUUUUACACAAUAAGACAUUAAGUAUAACUCAAUUAAUCUGACAAAGUAUUCUUAAAGAACAACUUUUUUGUAUUUGUACAACUAUUUUAUUAUUGGCUAACAUUAAGUAAAAUCAACUUUUAUAUUCUUGUAUUCCUUAUGUUUUUAUAUUGAUUUAAGUACCAAAGACAAA